GUAGUUCUUAAAACAAUGUCUUGCUUGUGACACUAUGAAUUGUUUCCUUUGGGAAAAGACUACAAGAAAUGCAAUUAGGAGUUAAUUGUGCAUCGUUUUGUCAGCCCUCAUCACAAUUAAUCUACACCUGUGCUGAAGUAAAAUAAUAUUCUGUUAUGUUAACAUACAUGAAAUUGUCAGUAAGGUUAUAUCUUAUGCUUUAUAAUGAAGGCAAUAUUUUAGGACUUUGACAGACAAGUGACCAAAAAAAUUCUCCCUCUGGACCAACACGUCUAUUUGGGCAAUGCUAAUGAAGUUGUAGGCUUAAACGUAUAUGUAAUUGCUUCCAGGCAAUGAAUAAUGCACACAAUGUUCUAUCAUGAAGAUCCUAAGCUGAAUGCCCCACAGCUGUCGGCAUCAGGGAGGGCUGAUGAGAUGUGCUUGUGUGUUUCACUCCUUGCUAGAGGCCUGUUACAGCUGCAUGCCAGCCUUUUGCAAUUAUGCCUUUCCACUAAACAUGAGCCUAAAGAGGAAUGCAGGGAAAUGGGGCAGUGUGAAUGAUUAAAUGAUUAAGUGCCUCAAAGUCAGCCUCAUGACUCUCACACUGAGUGAUACAGGGUCACAUGACUUCACUACCACAUUCACAGGCUCAUAAAUGGUCCACCAGCAUAUUCUGUUCUAUAAUACUAUCAAAUUGUUAGGGGACUGAUUCUUAAGCGUUUACCUGAACAGCUUUAUGACUGCCUCAUGACUAUGAACACACUACAUGGUGUCACCAGGUAAUGAGCUUACUGCUGCUCUCCAGCUCAAGCAUGAAGGACCGUGACUCUCUGACCCUCCUGCACUAUACAAACUCUGGCAAAACAGGCCCGCAGUACCCCCCUCCUAAUCUCCACUCUCCCUCCCCAGGCCUCACCAAGUCCCAGCCCUUCUGUCUGCAGUCCAGCCAGCACCUCAUAGCCUCCAUGCAGCUGCAGAAACUCAACAGUCACUAUCAGACCCUGACUGCCUCUUCUACGGUGUCUUCUGGACCCAACAGGGGAUUCAGCAGUGCCUCAAUGAGUCCAGCACAAAUCUCUGGCCCCGGGAAUGCUCAAGGGUCUGGAAUCAUAGAUUCUGAUCCGGUGGACGAGGACGUCCUGAUGUCUCUGGUAGUGGAGCUCGGUUUGGACAGGGCUAAUGAACUUCCUGAGCUUUGGCUGGGCCAGAAUGAGUUUGACUUCAUAUCAGAUGUACCUGCUGGGUGCUGACCUCCUAAAAGAAAAUCCCCAAUCACUUUUUGGCUGCCUCCUUCUUUUUUUUUGCACCUGAGACACUGUUGGAUGGCUCAUGAAACAUGUGAGAAUUUUUUUGAAGACACUUUUUCAUGUGUAAAGACUCUUCUAGUUCAAGCUGCAGAAGUAUAGGUGACUGUACUCUCACAAUCAAAAGACUACUUGGACAACUCUAGCAGAGAGGCUCUCUUGAAACUAAAAGUCGGUAACUCUCUCUAUUCACACUGAGGUCUUGCUUGUUAUAAUCCUUUCCAAGCUCUGGUUUCAAAGUGGUGCAAGAAUUUCUCACAAGUCACCAGACAUGGAGUUAAGUCAUAAGCUUCACAUAUGGACUAGACCUCCAGCACGAGCACUACCAGACAUGGGUUUUUUUCCUUUUGUUCAUGUCUACUACAGAAACUGGCCAAUUUUUUGUAACCUUGUUGGAUUGAUGACACUUUUUUUUUUUCUUUCUUUCUUUCCUUUUUUGACUUCAGUGGUCAUUUUCACCACCUGAAAUCCAAGCUACAAUAAAAGUUGUCAAUCCACAAUACAUUUCUUUUGAAAGACAAGAUAUUCAUGCCGUCUCUAGUGGAUCUACUUCAUCUAUUGCUACCUGCCAUCUGUGGGUUCUAUCCACACGAGCAGCCGGGUGGUGUUUCUGUUCUGUAAUGGAAGGUGAUCCUGAAACCAGCAUGGGCUAGUCUUUUCCAAAAUGCAUGUCAUCGCAAGACUGCUUUCCACUGGGGUAACCUGAUCCAUCAGACAGUUUUCCAUGGUUAAAUAUAUUAAUGAUGGACGUGUCCAUUUCCUCUACUGGUAGCCCCACUUUAAGUCUAGAAAGAUUGUGAACAGCAGCAGAAACUUGACAGAUUAUUUCAAGCAAACUAAAUACUUUCGAAUAUGAACCCUAUUACAAAAGCACUAUAUUUGUACAUGUUUAAUCAAGUGUCUGUUUUUGUCUUGUAUAAGAAUAGAAACCUUUCUAGAACGAUCUAAAAGACUCUAUUGUCAUGGCUGUCUUUAGCAUUGACUAAUGCAGACCUGUGUUGAUAAAAUAAUGGAGUAAUCUCCUCUUUAUUUUGGUUUAAUAGUCCUGUAUAAAUCAUAAGUGGUGAUUGUGCUUUUUUGUUUGUUUUUGUUUAGCACUUUCCUUCCGUCUUGUGUAUUUUUCUACAAAAGAUGUGAUUACUGUUAUAUUUAAGUGAGUGUACUCUGCUAUUUUUGUUUUGCAAAAUAUACGUAAAUAAAAAGUACAGAAUUCAAACCUUUA